GGUGCUAGGCACAUCCAAUAGUCGGCCUUCGACAAGACCGAGCAACUCGAUUUUGUGUGCGUCAUUUCUUCAUUAUUUGACACAUUAAAAUUAAAUAUAUAUUUUAAAAUAACAUAAUUUAUAAAUUAACAAAUAUACAUAUAUAAAAAACAAAGCAACAUCGAGUGAUCUUCAAUUUGAUCAAAAAAGCCAACGAAUUAAAUACAAACAGAGUCUAAUUUGACGUUUACAAAAUAUAUUUUAAAAAAAAUUUAAUAUUAAAUUACAAAACUGCAAUUAUUUUUUGGUACUUCGGGUCCUAGAAGAUCCAAAAAUCAUAAAACUACAUCAUCUGUUAAAUUUAUCACAAAUUCAACAAGAGGAAGAAAAAAAAAACACAAAAUUUACAAUAAUUUUUCAACACAAAAUAAUCAGAUAAUUGUGUCUGAUUAUCAAAGAGGCUAUAUAAAAAUAUAUAUACCACAAAAGUAAAUAAAACAGCCAGACAUCGAGCUCAUCCAUAGACUCAUCGUCGUCACCAUCUGACCUCCAUAUCAGAGAGACCUCAAUACCCAAACUAUCAAGGGAAAAAAAAAAAAAUACAUGAAAAAAUAAAAACAGCAAAAAAACAAGUACUUUGUGAAAAAUAAUAAAAUAUAUUCAGUUGUAUUUUCAUCGUGAGCCAAGCAUCAUCAUCAUAAAUAUAAAAAAACAAAAAAAAAUAAUCAAAAAUGCCAGCCGGUGUCGGUACAUCAUACCGAUCACUGGGUGAUCUCGGUGAGGAUGUCUACAAAAGUACAACAAUCAUUGAACAAUCACAUCAAACAACUGGCCAAACAGUAUUACAAAGUGUCAAAAAAGCAUUUAGUUUUGCAUCACCUAAAAUUGAUUUACGAAAAAAGGAUCCACUUAUUCAAGAACAAAGAGAAAACAUAACAAUUGUCACAAGGAACAGAAAUAAGAUGCCAACUGCAGCAACUGCUGAGGAGUAUGCUCUUCUUGGCACAAUGCCAUCAGACAGUAUGGAUGAUAUUGAGCUGAAAAAUAUUCAGCUUCAAUUUCCAGCACUGCGUUAUUUGAGCAGAGAUGAGGGUUCAGUCAGAGAGGAAAAAGUUGAAACAGACAAGGGUAGUAUUGUCGUUGCUGUACAAGGAAAUCGUGCAAAACCUGCCAUUGUAACUUAUCAUGAUUUGGGUCUAAAUUAUAUAUCAAGCUUUCAAGCAUUUUUCAAUUACAUCGACAUGAGAGUGUUGCUGGAAAAUUUUUGUGUGUAUCAUGUUAAUGCACCAGGUCAAGAAGAAGGUGCACCAACAUUACCUGAAGAUUAUAUUUAUCCAACAAUGGAUGAACUUGCUGAACAAUUAUUAUUUGUAAUUGGACAUUUUGGUUUGAAAUCAUUCAUUGGAUUUGGUGUUGGUGCUGGUGGAAAUAUAUUAUCACGUUUUGCUGCAUCACAUCCAGGACAUGUUAAUGCAUUGUGUUUGAUAAAUUGUGUAUCAACACAAGCUGGAUGGAUUGAAUGGGGUUAUCAAAAAUUAAAUGUACGUCAUUUAAGAUCACAAGGAAUGACUCAAGGUGUUCUUGAUUAUCUCAUGUGGCAUCAUUUUGGCAGGGGUACUGAGGAGAGAAAUCAUGAUUUGGUUCAAGUUUACACUAAUUAUUUUGAACGUCGUGUUAAUCCAACGAAUCUUGCACUGUUUAUUGACAGUUAUGUACGACGUACUGAUUUGAAUUUAACUAGAGAACUAGAUCCAUCACGUAAAAAGGAAGGUAAAACACUUAGCGUACCUGUGAUAAAUAUUACUGGCUCAUUGAGUCCUCAUGUUGAUGAUACUGUUACACUUAAUGGAAGAUUGGAUCCAACAAAUAGCUCAUGGAUGAAAAUAUCAGACUGUGGAAUGGUACUUGAAGAGCAGCCAGGAAAAGUCAGCGAAGCUUUUCGACUAUUUCUUCAGGGUGAAGGAUAUGUGGCUCCAUUGUCACCACUUAGAAUGGCUGAUUACAGACUCGGAUGUUUGGAUGGAUUGAAUCAUCUUUGCAUGAAGAAAAUUGAUUGGCCAUCUGCAACAAUGCAUAUUACCGAAAAUCCCAUAUCAGAAGCAGUUGCAUGCUAAUUAUUUUAACAAUUUUUACAGUUUAAAAUUAAAUCAGCUGGACACAAACAGGAUUUGAAUGUUUAUACAAAAAAAAAAACUCUUCUUUUAAACUUAUAUCACAAAAUUUAUUUUUUUUAUCAAUUAUUUACGUCAGUGACGAGUGAAAAAUAUUUUUUUUAAUAUAAAAAAUUGAAUAAUUUUACCUACAAUUUAAAAAUCAUAAAAAAAAAAUAAUAUAUUUGUGUAUUGAAAAUUAGAAUAUGUAUUUAUUUUUUAAUUUUUUUCUUCUUUCUUUUUUUCAAUUACAAGUAUAUAAUGUCAACUGAAAAAUCGAAUUUUUAUUUAUUAAUAAAAUAUCAAUAACUUCAUUGACUGCCGAAGAAACAUAUUGUAAAAAAAAAAAAUAUCGAAGAAAAAAAAAAAAGUGUCCUAUUUUGCACAUUUUAAAUUGAAUUUGAUAAUUAUUUUUUUGGCCUGAUUAAUUAUGGGAAAACUAGUUUUAUUAAAUUUCUAGACUGGAAGAGAAUGCUCCAUAUCAAAAUGGUCAUUUUGACAUGAUAAUAAAUCAUCAUUGUAUUUAUUUUAUUUUUUUUGUUGAAUAAAUUUAAAUUUUAAAUAAGCGCUAAAAUUGAUUUGUGAUUUUGCACUUUUUGCACCACAAGUCUAGAUGGUGCCUUGUGUUUAUUGAUAUUUUAGAAGUCAUUUUAGUGAGACUGGUGAUUAGAUAGAUAGACGUUUAAAAAAAAAAUUUUAAAUAGAUCCCACUUGGUUUUCCCAAGCCUCUAGCGUGAUAUGAUAAAACGUGCCUGCAAUUUAAAAAUACGUAAUAGUUUGAACCAACUUUUAAAAAUGCUAUAAACGCCUUUUAGUUUUCUAUAAUUAAUAUCCAAAAAAUAUCCCAACAAUUGUGAAUUUUUAUCAUCAAUAUAUUUAAAUAUUAAAAAAUAAUUGUUCCAAGCAGAACCAUAAUAACACUCAAAAAAUAUUCAUCAGCUAAAAUCAUGAUUGCUAAGUGAACAAAAAAAAUAAACAUUAAAUAUUAUUAUAUUGAUAAUGUGCAACAUUAAAUUUGACAUAAGUGAUUUGUCAUUGAAAAAUAAAAAAAAAUAAAAUAAAAGCAGUAAAGACCAGAUGAAGAAUGUCAGAUCAAAACUGAUAAAUAAAAAAAAAAAAAGAUAAUAAAUAAAAAAUAAUUGUAGACAGUAGUUAU